CGAGAUCGUUGUAGGCCUAUUUUAUUUUUCUCUUCGAACGUGAAACCCAAAAUCAGACCACUCAACUUUGAGUUUUGAAGAAUUAUACCCAUGAACACAAUGUUCAAGGGUGGACUGCAACGACUUAUUAGGGCAUAUCCGUCUCUCAACCUGCGGAUCGAGGUGAGCAAGCAGCAACAUGAGGCCAACGUUGUCCUGCCUGGUUUACGAUUUGAAGACAUCAUCUUCACAGGUCAGCCCGACAUAUGGAGACUGUAUGACAUGAUGGGUAGAGUUGAAUUUGCGUCGUUCUUCAACGAAUAUCCAUUCCUCAACUACACGACCCUCUACUCUCUGGGCCUGGGGAGUGUUACGAAAGCCGUGAACCUCGAGGUCAGAAGCCACUUCUACGAACUGACGACCCCCAAGUCUCCUCUCGACAUGAGUAUGAAGCUGAUCCACAUCGGAGAAAACUCUUUUACCAUCCUCACGGAACUCAGAUGCGGCGGGAGACAGAGACCGUCAAUUAAAGUCAAGAGCCUUUACGUCCUUUUCAACAGGAAAGAUGGCAGCAAGCAAGCGGUGCCAGACUGGUGGCGAGAACACUUUUCUAAACACGUCUCGCAUUCCGACGGCAGACCGUUCUUCAUCACCCCGUUUGAAAAACCAAACCAAACCUAUUCACACGUAUUUACCGUCCCGCUAGUGGACACCGACGUUCGCUUGAGGACGAGGUGUGCGUCGUACGUGCGAUACUUUCUCGACAAUGCCAGUGUCGCGUCGUACAAGGAUUUUUACUCUAACAUUUCGACGAGUUUUCACGAGUUCCACAUCAAGAAAUUGUGCAUGUUGUAUCGUGCGCCCAGCUCUUGGGGGGAUACACUGACCGCCGAGACGUGGGAGGACCCUGAUGACCUGCUGACCUUGCACUGUGAGGUCAGCGACAAAGGUCACAGAAGGUGGUACGGGUCAAUGUCCUUUCAUUCGGAAAUAUUCGGACUGCCCGGGCCUACGCUGAAAAAUAUGGAGGCCUGAAUAUUUACAGUCAACUGUGUGUGUGAGUGUGUGUGAGUUAAUGAACCUAGUGCUAAUUAACACAAGUCAAAAAUACUUUUUUCAUUUGCAGGGUCAGCUUUAGGUAAGCAGAAAAUUUUGCCAAAUUAACUAUUAAACUUCAAAAAUUGCAAAAUUAAUUUUUUAAAUUUUCUAAUAAAAUCUCAAUUAUUUAGCCAGAUUUAACUAAAAUUUGCAAAAUGCUUUUAAAAUUUGCAAUUGGCGAAUUUGAGUGCCAGAGCUAGCCCUGAUUUCGAAAUAUUUUGACUCCAGGGCUCAGACUUAAGACUUACGGCCAUUUAAAAUGUUUUUGCCAUUUGGCAAAAUGCUCACCGAUGGCAGUUUUGAGCCUGCCUAUAUCAAUUUUAAAAUCUGUAACUUUUACAACAAAUAUAAAGAGCAAACUUAGUCCCUUCAACUGUAAUUUUUAUUCAUCGUCAAAAAACAACCAUUGAUCAAGCCCUUAUAUGAUGGUAAUUCAUAUUGCAAGUACGACAGAUUCCGUCUGUGCAGUCAUUAAGUUAUUAAGUCUGUAACUUUUAUAACAGAUACAUGUAUAAAGAGCAAACUUGGUCCCUUCAAAUGUAAUUUUUAUUCAUCAUAAAAAAACUGCCAUCGGUGAAGCUCUUAAUCGACAGUAAUUUAUAUUGCAACUGUUGCAGUUUUCAUCAGUGCAGUCAUUAUGUUUGAGCUUUGGGCCUGAAAUAUAUGGAUCUUUAGAGUGAAGAGUUUGUUUAAUGAAUAUAGCACAGUUUAUUUUAUUAACUGGAAUAUAGGUUGAGGACUAUAUUUAAAGUAAACAAGGUCCCUAAUGAAGUUAACAUAAAUUACAUGUGAACAGUUCAUUUCCAAAAUGCAAUAUAUAUGCCCAUUUCCACAUUUUGUAGUUAGUAGAGAAGAAAUACUGAUUCUGAUGUUACAUUUACCUGUAGUACAACUCAACAAUACAACAAUAUAAUUUACGGUAAAACACUAUCUGUGUCAAUUGAUGUAAAAACUCUGCUUCAUAGACACUGUGUCAAGUUGCGACAAAAUCACAGGCAUACUGAUUCUGUAGCACAACUCAACAAUACAACAAUAUAGUUUACGGUAAAACACUAUCUGUGUCAAUUGAUGUAAAAACUGUGCUUCAUAGACGCUGUGUCAAGUUGCAACAAAAUCACAUUUUUCUCAAAUUGACAAACGGAUACAUCGCAACCCCUGCAAUUGCCGUGGAGAUUGCUGUGGCAUUUUUAAUUCUUCACGGCACGUUUUUUUGCUAUGGACUAUAUUUGUUUUUUGUUUUCCUCUGCAUUUUUUUUUGCGGUGGAUAUUUUCUUAAUUGCAGGGGUCGCAUCGUCUUUUGGAAAUGAACUCUUCAUGUAGUACAUGUAUUAACAAAAGGCAGAAAUACAUGUACUUGUUUGGGAAUAUCCAGACUGCCCAAGAUCUAUACUAAAACAUGUUAAUGUCAGAAUCUAACUCAAGAAUGUGUUUAAUGAACAUAGUGAAAAUUAUUAUUAACCCAAGUGAAAAAUAUUUAAAUAUUUGGAAUCAUUUCAGACUUCCGGAGCCUGUGCUGAAACAUGCUGAUAUCUGAAUCUUUAAAUUUGAAUAUGUGUAAUGAACAUACAUAGUGCAGUUUAUUAAUAAUAGAAAAAAAAUUGUCAAUUAUAGUUUUCAUCUGGAAAUAUUUUGGACUCCCAGAGCCUACACUAAAGCGUGUUGAUGUGUGAAUUUCUAAAGUUAAAAAUGUGUAUAAUGAUAACAGUAUUAACACUUCAAGUCAAAAAUGUGUGUGAUGGGUAUCUAGAUGGGAUUGGAGUUUUAAAAGGGUAGGGGGAGGGAGGAAAAUACAUUUGAACUCUUUUUUUUAUUGGAGAUGUGGGGGGGGGGUCAUCCCCAAAACGCUUGGUAUCACUAACUAGCAGGGUUCAUAUUAAUUUAAGAAAAUCCUGGAAAAUCAUGUGAAUCGUGCAAUUUUCAAAUAUUUUUUAAAAAGUCGUUGAAAAUCUAAACAAAAAACCAUCAUGAAAAGUUCUUUCAAGUCAUGGAAUUUAAUUUACAAUAAGGUGUAUGAAUGCUGUGUAACUUAUUAUUAAUAUGCAAACCAAAAAUCCUCUGGGAAUUAAAAAUUUGCAUAGCCCAUUUAGAAGUUAUACAAAAAUAUUUUUAGGUAACCCAUUUUUAUUUUAUUUUUAUUUUUAUUCAUAAACUAUUCCAUGACAUGUAAAUUAUGUCUUAAAUUUAAUGCAUAAACGAAAAAUUGGUUCUGCAAUUUUUUUUAAAAUAUAUAUAUAUUUAUUUUAUAUUCCGUGAGCAAUGCACAAAUGAAAUGAAUGUUCGCUCACCUUUUUAGGCCCUAAUCUACACAUUUUGCCAUGAGUGUGAUGUAAUUUCUUAUUAAAGAGAUUGCCCUCAGAUUGCUGUCAGUGUUAACAUAUAUCCGGCCAACAGAACCUUAAGGACCAAAAUUACAUAUAAAAUCUAUUUUCUUGUUUAGAAUACAUGUCUGUAUAGUCAAAGGAGCUGGAUCUAGCUCAGUUGGUAGAGUGCACGCCUGAAGUGCUUGCGUCGUAGGAUCGAACAGCCUCCAUGGACCCAUUCUCCGAUUUUUGUUUUCCCAACCUAAUUUUAGGCCCCAUACAUUUUAGUCAUUAAAAAGUCCCCACUGGUCAAAAUCGUGACAGUGGAUGCAAACUCAGAACAGUCUCUUUAACAAUGAAUUAAAAAAUUAAAAAUUGUGGCAAGUAUGAUAUACAUGUACAUGUAGAACUUGUCAAUUACUACUUUUGUCAUAGUAAUGUUUGAAUAUUAUUCAACUUAAUAUUAAAGUUCUGGGCCCAGUUUCACAAAACAUUGUAAGCCUAGUUUUGCACAUAAACAUAAGCUACAACUAAAACACAAUUCUUAUUACUACAGGGAAACUCCUCUAAACCGGACACCCUUUGGACCAAGUAAAA